AUGGUUAAGGAGUUCGAGAGGCAAAAGUUUAAAGGGAAGCCUUUCAGUUCGUUUAUAAGGGUCAAGGUUGGGAAUGGGUUAUCGGUUAAUUUCUGGACCGAUCUGUGGGUUGGAUCUACUUUAUUAAAACACUGGUGGCCUAGUUUGUAUAAACUAGAACAAAAUAAAGAUUGUUCGGUAGCGGAAAGGAUGAACGGAAAUAUGGAGGGGACACGGUUCAAUCCGAAGUGGAAGAGGGGUCUAGCUACUGUGGAGGAGAUAUCAGAAUUGCAAGAUGUUAAUUUUCUUUUAUCUAAUGUUUUGUUAACAGGUGCUAAAGAUCAUUGGUUUUGGGGUGAGGAUGAUAAGGAUCCUUUCACAGUAGCGGAGGUCAAGAGGUUGGUUAGAGAAGAGAAAGAGGUGGGCCGGGAUCAUCUAAUGAGGUGGGAAUCUUGGGUGCCGAAUAAGGUUAAUAUUUUCGUUUGGAGAGCUGAGAUGGAGCGAAUUCCGACUAAAGUGGCUUUGAUUAAUCGAAGGAUAAAUAUUCAAGAUGGUUUGUGCAGUUUAUGUGACGCUGGGGACGAAGAUGUGAUGCAUUUGUUCACAGGGUGCGGUUUUGUGUCUGGCGUUUGGGAGGCAAUUGGGAGAUGGUGUAAGAUCGGGUCUUUAUUAGCGUUUGAUUUUAAAGAUAUUUUGGCUAUACAUGAGCAGGUUUCGGGAGGUAAAUGGGCCAAAAAGGUGAUUAGAGGGGUGGUUAUGAUAACGUGUUGGGUGGUUUGGAAAACUCGGAACGCUAAAGUUUUUCGCGACAUAACUCCUAGCGUCAGAGAGGUGAUUGCUUUAGUUAAAUCUUGGUCUUUUUUAUGGUUGAAAAGUAGGUCGAAGUUUUCAGAUUUAAUGUGGAAAGACUGGGUUAGUAAUCCUGUAUAUAUGUUGUAA